GUGCCACUUUCAGGUCUCCUCACACUGCUGGUGUGUUCCAUUUUUUGUCAUAGGGUGCUGGCAGAUUACGGGCCUCCCAUAGCUGCUGCCAGGCCCCUAAUCUGCCAUGGGCCCCUAUACCGCCUCCUCAUGCUGCUGCCAAGUCCAGAGUCUCUCAUGGGUCCCUGUACGGCCUCCCAUUGCUGCUGUCUCCAUCGCCACACUCUGCCAUGUGCCACUUUCAGGUCUCCUCACACUGCUGGUGGUUUCCAUUUUUGUCAUAGGGUGCUGUAUGGCCUCCCAUUGCUGCUGCCUCCACCGCCACACUGUGGCUCCACACUCUGGUUUUGGCCCCGUGACUGGCCAAAUGAGUGAAGUGUGCGGCGAUUCUAAGAUCGACGGCACUCAUCUGCAUGUCAUACUG